CUAUAUCAAAAUAUAUUGCCCAACACAGCUACAGUAGAUCGAACCAAACAAACAAAUGCUGCAACAUUCUGAGGAGAAAACAACAACACAGCAAAAUAGUCAAAAAUAGUCAAAUCGGCAUAGGUUUUUUAAUGGAAACAAGCGAUAAACACAGGAUAGCCUACUGUUUUGGGGUGAUAUUCAAAGUUAAGGAAUAAAGACCAGGAUGUGAAACUGAAAUACGACAUCAGAUAUUUCAGCUCGCUCUUAUCAGCGCGAUGCGCGUGCAUGUACACAUCCGCGCGAAGCGAGCAGAUGAAGGAGUCUUCCGAUUGGCUGAGGAGUUUUUCCCCCCAGUUUGGCUUCAAACCGCAAGUUAUCUCCAAAUAUUGUGUUUAAGAUCAUGAAACAAUAUAAAUCACGCGACACCGUCGUGUUUCAGUAAAUCAACCUGGAUUCCAUUCGACGGAUUUACCUCAGAGCGUUGAAGAAAAUGAUUCGCGCUGUUUUGUGCUGUUUAUGUUGUUUUCUUCUGGAAGGAGUUUUUGGCGUUGAGACAGAUGAGAUAGAAGUGGCAGUGAUGGAGGGAGAUUCCUUCACUCUCCGCGCCGGUCUGACUGAGAUUCAGCGCGAUGAUGAGGUCGAGUGGCGGUUUGGGUCGAGCAGAACUCGUAUAAUCCGAAUAGCGGCGGGAAACGUUACUAGAUAUGAUGACGAGAAAUUUAGAGAAAGAUUGAAGCUCGAAAGAGAAACUGGAGAUCUCACCAUCACAAACGUCAGUAAUGAACACAAUGGAGUCUAUCAGCUGAGCAUCAUUAUCAAGAAUAAGAAAACAAUCAAGCGAUUCGCUGUUACCGUUUAUGCUACUUUGCCCACUCCUGUGAUCUUCAUUGACCCUUCACAAUGUUCUGAAAGAUCAAGGAUCGUCCUGUGUUCAGUGCUGAAUGUGAGUCAUGUGACUCUCUCCUGGUACAAAGAAAACGGUUUAUUGUCCAACAUCAGUGUAUCUGAUCUCAGCAUCAGCAUCUCUCUACCUCUGGAGGUGGAAUAUCAGGAUAAAAACACCUACAGAUGUGUGCUGAACAAUCCCAUCAGCUACAAGACUCAACAACUGGACAUCAGUGGACUCUGUCAGACACGCUCAGACUGCGACUGCGACCUUUGUUUUGACACCACUGAAGCUGUGAUCCGAUUGGUCGUCACUGCUCUGAUGGGCGUGGCUGCUGUAGCUGCAACUGUUCUCCUGAUUAAAGACAUCAGAAGAGCUGGAAGAACACAUACAAUCAGACAGCGAUGUACCUGAUACUGUAUAGCAUUAAUAAACAGUACCUGACCUUUUAAA